UGGCGCUUCUGGCCAUACUUUUCUGUUACUUCGGAAGGACGACAUCAAUGGAGAAUAGUUCCACAACAGCAUUGGGCUACGAGCUAACGAUUGCAGGAUUGGAUUCCAUCAAUUUCAACAUGCACAGCGACUACCUGCGAUCGAAAGAGCAGUUCGACAUUCUCCGAGCAGAGCUUGAAGAAAUACGGGAUUCGAUUCGUAGCAACGAAGCCCUAGCACAACGUCAUGCUCGAACGCUGGCCAAACUGGAGAGUGAAUCAGAGCUUACGACCAUGAGCCUGACGAGGCUGAUAAACAGCACAGCUGCGAUACACAAGCUUCAACAACUACAGCCGAGUACAGAAAUGUUGAACGAUCUGCUUGUAAGAUUUCUGACCAACAGCUCGUUCGAACAAACAUUGGCCAAAAUCCCACAACUUUCGGUCAAACAACCUCAAAUACAUCAAACUUGUUCCGACAUUACAAGUAAUACAUCCGGAGUCUACAGGCUGCAACCUGAUGGAAUUAAAUCGUUUGAAGCCUUUUGCGACCAAGAAUACGAGGGAGGAGGUUGGACUGUCAUCCAGAACCGUUUUGAUGGCGCGGUCGAUUUCUACCGCAAAUGGGCAGAAUAUGAACAGGGCUUCGGCAGUUUAGAGAACGAGUUUUGGUUGGGCCUUGAAAAAGUUCACCAACUCACCUCGCUCAAAGCUCAUGAGCUCCACGUUGUAGUGGAGGCAUUCGAUGGGAAGAAGGGCGUCGCUAAGUAUAGCCAUUUCUUGGUUGAUGGAGCUGACAAAAAAUACACCCUGUCAAAAUUGGGCACCUACAGUGGAAAUGCUGGAGACUCGCUAAGCUUCGCGCUCAACAUGAAGUUCACUACCCACGAUGCCGAUCACGACAUUCAUGGGGGAAACUGCGCUAUGGAUUACAAAGGUGCAUGGUGGUACACGGCUUGCCAUCAUAGUAAUCUGAACGGACUAUAUCAGAAAGGAUCGACCAAUGCAAAUUCGAUGUGCUGGCACAGCUUUAAAAGUUCAUACGAAAGUUUGCAUAAAUCCCGUAUGAUGAUUCGAGCCGUUAAGGAAAAGUAAAAAGUAAAAACAUAAUACAUAUCAACACCGUGGAUUUCCUGUUGAAGUUGGAGCUAAGGUUAUAAAUAAAAACUAGUAUUUAGUAUCACCUCGAUAAAAAGAUGAAGGAAUGCGGAACCACUGCGGAUUAACCAUUAUCUGCUCUAAUGUCAAUAUGACAUUGGGGAGAAGCGGGCUUUAUGCGCCUAUUAGGCAGAAUACUGAUUUCAUCGAAUAUUACAUCUAAUAAAGUUCGAACACGAAAUUAUU